AUGGUUGGUGCCAUCUUCGCUGCAGUGGCUUCACCAUAUCUGCCGAUUUGUCGCACGCCUUCACGUGUUCCACCUGCUCCUACGCCUCCAACACUUCCUGUCCUCAACACAAAUCCUCAAGUCUCGGACCUUGCCACACCACCUGGUCUGAAGAUUCUACAGUUCAACGCCAAAGGCCUACUUGGCAAGCUUGACCAGCUCCUCGCCUUCAUGCGUUCGCACAGCAUAGCCGUACCGCCUAUCCAAGAGACAAAGUAG